AUGGCGGCGCAGGCACGUAGCGCGCAAAAGCGUCCACUGGGGGCUGUGUACGAGAUCGGCAAGAAACUCGAGCCUAAGGCUGAAAUACACAGGAAAGAAGUGACUCAUACAAAAAUGGUCGGAAUUCACAAUACCUCGUUCGAACAACACCUCGCUUCAACAACAAUUUCUAAAGCACCGUUCGCCUACGUCAUGUCGUCGCUACAGCAGCACAAGUGCGGGGAGGCGGUGGCACAGCUCAAGCAAGCGGAGAAGGCUCUUGCCAAGCGCUCCUUCUUUCGCGGCUCGCCAGAUUACCUUACAGCGGCGCCGUUGCUUGACAAAGCCGGUGAGCUGUUCCGCCUCGGAGGUGACUUCGAAUCCAGCAAACAGGCCUUCGCACGUUGCGCUGAGGCUCAACAGCACAACCAGUCGCCAUUCCGAGCCGCGCAGGCAUGGGAGAAUGUAGCCAAGACAGCGUUGCAGCAGCUCAAAGCUGAGCGAUCUGGUGCACACGCCGCACAGCAACGCACUGCCGAGGCGCGCAAAGCUUACGAGACAGCCAGCAGCCUCUACGUGGACAUGGGCGAGUUUGGCAAGGCCUCAGACGCGCUAGUUAAAGGUGCACAAGCCUGCGAGAGUCACGGCUCCAAUGUAGAUGAUGUACUGCCUCUGUAUUGGCGUGCAUGCGACCUAUUGGAAGCACAGGACAAGCCUCACUUCGCGGUCGAGACGGUCCGCAAGACGCUGAGCUUUUUGGUGAAAUAUGGGAAAUACCGCGAGGCCAUGAAGGUGAUGGACCGCCUGACAACGCUGUACGAGGCCAUGGACCAGCGUCAUAACGUGCACAAGAUGCACUUGAGCCAAGUGAUCUUAAUGCUGGCAUCGGGCGACGUGCCUGCUGCCGACGCCUUAUACUCGCGUUGCUUGCAGGAUGACUCUUUCUUGUCAUCAGACGACUGCGCACUGGCUGAGGACCUUGUUCGCGCAUUCAAGAUGGGCAACGAAGAGCUACUCCAGGCCACAGUACGAAAGCCCGGCUUCAUGGCGCUAGACAACCAGAUCGGACGGAUCUGCCGCAAAUUGUCAGUCUACGGAUCUGGAGACGCCCCACCGCCGCAGCAGCGCCAACACAGACCGGCUCCUUCCAGUGGAGGAGGCUUGCCUUCACAAGAGCAGCAGAAACAGCGUAACUUGUUAGCGCCAUCAGCACGUGCAGCCCCUGCCCAGCGUAACCCGUUUGCGCCAUCUGCACGAGCACCAGUUCCAGUACAAGCUCCUUCGUUAGACUCUGAGUACGAUGUUCCAGCUUCUGAAGCGCCAACUUCGUCGAGUACAGACGUGCGUGACAGCGACUACGAUGCCAUGUUGGCCGAAGCGCUGGGGGAAGUCAUCGUUUCCAAAGACACAAAGAAAUCCUCAAAACUCGCUUUAGUUCAGACAGAAAAGCGGAAGCCUCAGAAACCUUCUUCGCUUACUACCCAAUCGUCCUCUCUGUCACCUACGUUGGUGCAUUCCCCACCUCCGGCAGCAGCUCGUGCUAGCGUUCGCAUGGACUACGAGUUGGAUGAUCUCGAGUUCGCCAUGCCAGACUCUGACUCGCUUGAGUUCUUUAUGGACCCGAACGAACCGGCAGGUGCUGGUUACUCGGAUUCGUUUGAGGCGGCUGCAGCACCAGCUCCGAAGGCAGAACCCUCCACUUCAGCGUCCAAACCUGCACCCAAGCCCGCAGCUCCUGUCUAUGACGAGUUCGACCUCACCUAGAUUGCACAUCCAGAAGAUCUUGUAGCUUAAGGUAAUGGUGCUUGUUGCUCAAGCCCAGGUCUGGGCUAACAGCAUGUAGUACUUCGAGUCGACCGCAGAAAGCUCAUCAAUGAAAGCAUUUGUUGAAUCUC